GGGGUGUAUCGAUUCCUUCGGGGGCGCGUGCGCCGAGCCGGGCGCGGGCGACGGCUCGGGGGCGAGCGAGCGCCGCCAGCCGCCAGCCGCCAGCCGCGCAGUCCGCAGCCGGCCACAGCCGAGCGACGCCGACCCGAUCACGCCGGCCGAUACACUUUCCCCGCGUAACAUUCACCGCGUCAACACUCGAACAACCUCAAACCGUCACACUAACUGGAAUUGCCCUAGUGUAACACAGCCUGAAAACUGUUGAAACUUUAUCAUCGUUGUAUUAACUGAUAAAAGCAGUUUAUUGUAAAAGUGAUAACUUUAUUUAUGAUAAUACAAAAUUUAUAAUUUGACGUUUUUAUUUAUAAAAAAAUAUAUUUAUGGUCUAAAGAGUUACGACCUACGAUAAACUUAGGUAAUCAUAUCAUAAUUUGUGUAGUGUUACUAUGCGUAAUAUUUCAGUGCUUCAAUAUUAAUAUCUCAAGUGUUCGUGCCAGUGACUGAAAAAAUAAGACUGAGCGUUGCUCACAAGUUCACGGGUCGUUAAUUCAGUGGAGGAGGGAAACCGAAAAAAAGAGGUCUUCGCGUCCGUUCAUCGGAGUGAUAAAAUUUAUGACAAACGGUAAAACCAAUGUUUGACUCAAUUGGGCCGAUUUGCACCGCGCCAAAAACAUGAGACGGUGGCCGCGGGCACGGGAGAAGGGUGUGUCAGGAUGAGCAGGCGCGUGGGGCGGUGCGCGAGCGCUUGCGCGCGGCGGCGGCGGGAGGCGUGACGCGCAGGUGCGGCGCGUCCCGUCCGCGCCCGCGCCCGUCCCGCGCCCGCCCCGUGCGCGUGAUGCGAGCGGACCUCGCCGCGCUUCACGCGUGGCUCGUCUGCUGCGCGGCUGCGCUCUCCGCUCACAAGUACAGCACGCGCGUCGUGAGGACUAAGUAUGGCCCCCUGCGGGGUAUCGUCGUGCACUCGCAUCCGCAGGUCGAAGCUUAUCUUGGAGUGCCAUAUGCCACACCACCACUUGGUAGCCUUAGAUACAUGCCGCCGGUGACCCCAUCCCAGUGGCGCACGACUCGGCUGGCGGACGCGUCGGGCCCGGCGUGCCCACAGGUGCCGCCCGCCGCGGCGCCGCGCGAGGAGGCGCUGCUGCUGCACCCGCGCGCGCGCAUCCGGCAGCUCGAGCGCCUGCUGCCACUGCUGGCCAACCAGAGCGAGGAUUGUCUCUACGUCAACAUUUAUGUUCCUGUGAAUGGUGAAGGCGAGAGCGAGGGCGGUGGGCUGCCAUGCCUGGUGUUCGUGCACGGGGAGUCAUACGAGUGGAGCUCGGGCAGCGCCUACGACGGAACCACGCUCGCGGCGCACGGAAACAUCAUUGUAGUCACUAUCAACUUUAGGUUAGGUGUAUUGGGUUUUUUAAAGACUGGUGCUAAGGGGUCGGCGCAGGGUAACUUCGGACUGAUGGAUCUAGUAGCGGGCCUGCAUUGGUUGCGCGAGAACCUACCCGCGUUCGGUGGAGACCCGGAGCGAGUGACCCUCAUGGGCCACGGGACGGGUGCGGCGCUCGCCAACUUCCUCGCAGUCUCGCCUGUGGCUCGAGAGCUACUGAAGCGUGUCAUCUUGUUAAGCGGGUCGGGUCUCAGCUCAUGGGCAUUGCAAAGAGAGCCACUUACGAUAAAAAGAAAGGUAGCAGAGCAGACGGGUUGCCACGGCGACCUGCAGGAAGACGACCUGGCGCCGUGCCUUCGUAACAAGCCGCUGGCCGAGCUGCUAGCCGUCCGGCUCGACCCGCCGCGCUUCCUUCCCGGCUUCGCGCCCUUCGUCGACGGCACUGUUAUAGUCAAUCCGUCUUCCGCCCCUCCGCCCACCGACAGCACACGGCUCGGCGCCGGCGCUGCCGCGGUGGCGUCCGCGGCUGGCCACGAGCUCGCCGACUUUUCACAUAGGGAACUAUUGUUCGGCCUCACCACUACUGAAUCUUACCUGGAAUUCAACGCUCAAGACUUGGAGUUCGGUUUCAACGAAAGCCGCCGGGACCGCAUUCUGCGCACAUUCGUUAGGAACGCCUACUACUACCACCUUAACGAAAUAUAUUCCACCCUGAAGAACGAGUACACGGAUUGGGAUAAACCUUUGCAAAACCCCCUCAGCGUCCGCGACGCUACGCUUGAGGUGCUUAGCGACGGGCGAACGGCGGCCCCACUUAUCAGGUUAGGGUACCUGCACGCUCUCCGCGGUGGAACCACUUAUUUUUCGCACUUUCACCACCUCUCGCCCGACAAGGAUUAUCCGCAGCGCCCUGGUUCUGUGCACGGCGAGGAACUGCCUUACUACUUGGGUGUUCCACUGUCCUUGGCUCAUCACGCACAGAACUACACACAACAGGAACAGCGAGUUUCACGUUUAUGCAUGCACUACAUCACAAACUUCGUUAAAUACGGUAAUCCGAACGACCCGACUGCGACGCCGCCACCAAGCCCACUGUUGGGCGAGGCACCAAGACUUGGCCCCAACCAGACGCCUUACUGGGACACUUAUGACUCCAUCAACCAGCUCUACCUGGAGAUCAGUAGUAAGCCUGAAAUGCGCAGCCAUUACCGGGGCCACAAGAUGUCGCUCUGGCUGUCCCUCAUCCCGCAACUGCACCGCCCCGGGCCCGACAUGCCGGAUGCCGCCAUGCGGCACCAUCAUUUUCAAGAAGAUCCUAAUUAUUACGAAGGCGCUGUAAGAGUGCAGUCUCUGUCUCGAACACAUGUGCCGCAUGUCGUGAAUCUCGAUGGAGCUGGACGUGGCGACGGCGGCCGCAGCACAGCAUCGCCGCGCACGGUGCCUCCACGGCCCUCCGUCCUCCCACCUGCACCCUCCACGGAGUGCCCCCCUAAUGUCACGACGACACCCGUCCAAACUGACGACGCUCUGUUGCGGCGACUCGCUUCUUCUCAUUAUCAGUCUUAUACUGCCGCUCUGACUGUCACAAUUGCAGUCGGGUGUUUCCUUUUACUUCUUAACGUCCUUAUAUUCGCUGGCAUUUAUCACCAGAGAGGUACGCGUCCCCGGCGAUCGAAAGAUGAUUUGGCUGAAGCGGGAAGCUCAUCAUCUUCCGACAAUUAUGAUGGAAAACUCGACUAUGAAGUGCGAGCGUUUGAUGGGAAGGGUUUCGGUUUCGAGUGUAAAUCUGCUCACGUGCCACGGGCUACUGGGUCUAAGUUUGACCUGCGGACGUUAUCAGAUUGCGGUGAGCCUACGUUUGGUGAAUACAGUUGCUACGACGAGAAACAUAGGGCGGCGCGUCGGUCGUUACCGGAUGUGAGUGUGGGGAGCGCGAUUGAAGCCGGUAGUGUAGUGUGUAUCGGUGUAGACAUCACACAGAAACCUGAUAUUCAAAAAGUGGAUGGAAGACAAGAUCUUAUAGGUAGAACUAGUACUUUUGAACCUAGGGUAGUUGAUAGUUCUACACAAGUGAAGUUCGGUCCAGUACCCGACCCGUCGGAAGGGGCAUGCGAGUCCAACCCCGAGUCGGACUCAGGCGGUGCGAGCGGCUCGGGCAUCCUGCGCGUGCCGCCAGCCGCCACGACUCCCGCGCCGCCCGGCAUCAUGAAGAAGAGAGUACAGAUUCAAGAGAUAUCAGUAUGAGGGUUUCUUGAUGCCGCUGAGAUUGUUGUUAAUAAAAGGACUAAAUUAUAACGAGCUCACGACCACUUCACGUGUAUAUUAGAGUACUGAAAUGUGACAAAGUAAAUAAAUAUUGUAUAUAUUGAUACAGUAUAUUAGAUAAAUAAUAAAUGUGCGUACAGCGAAAUGGAGUUAGAGGAAUAUAUGUAUUUUUCUCUGCCUUAUGUGAAUCUUCGGCUGUAAAUAUGUAAGUAAUAUUUCUUCUCUCUUCCGCUCUACUUGCUAUCGUAUAGAAGGUGUGGGAAUAGGUUAACAGUCUGUGUAGUUAGUCACAGUACUUAGUUACAAAAAUUCAAGCUAAAAAUGUAUAAUUUGACUGUUACUACACUAUGACUGUUACAUUAUUUCUACCCUUUAUAUAUAGAAUGAAGGAAUUGUAGGUUCUUGUGAACGUAUUUGUAUGUAAAGUUAUAAAAUUUACAUGUGAAUAUAACAAUAACUUAGUAAUGAAGUGAUCUAAACUACUUACAAUUGUAUAUAUGGAUACAAGAAGUAUUUCGGGUAGUAAGAAUAGUAUAACUUUGAAUGUUGUAAUUUUUUUGUAAAGUUACUUUAAGUGACUAUUACUUUGAGUAGUUUUUGAUAUGUAAGUAACAAUUGUAAAUCAAAAUGACAAACGGGUAAGUACUCAAAAGCGCUAAUCAAGUUAACUAAAUCAUUUGUUGACGCGAGGUCUGUUCAUCUUAUUUAAACCAAACAAUUACUUCAAGGUAAACAGGGUAAAAGACCAUUCUUUUAGGGUAAAACACCCCACUCUGUUAAUAUUUAAAUAUACAAGACGAUAAUGCCUAACGAGAGUAGUUGUAUCAUAAUAAUUCCAAAUGUAAUUGAUUGACAUAGGUACAUCAUUGAUCCAUAGCAAGAUUGGUAACCUGUUGAAUGCCGGAGUCCUGAUGGAUUAAUUAAGUUCCAUAAUUAUAUGUAUGUGAUUCGCUGGUCUCACUCUAGAUACCUAGUAUUAUUAAUACACUAAACUAUCAACUAUCAUAGGCUCGGAGUAAUUAACAAUGGAGCCGCCAUUAACAGGCGUUCCCCUCUGUCGAAAAUAGGCGGCCAAUGGUCAACCACAUGUCAACCAUAUGUAUGGACUGACGUUUAUCUGACAUGACGUACCUAUACAUUUGAUGUGCCCCUCCCCCGCAAAAAACGGCAGACUAUUUUGUACCGAAAAUUUUAGACAUGGCGUCUCCAUUGUUAAUUACUCCGAGAUCAUAGGCCCCUAUUUACCGCAGGUGUCAUGUAUUUGUUUUUUUACGACCUUGUUUAAUUAUUAUACUCUAAAAUUAAAUAAUAAUUAGACUUCUCUUUUGAAUGAAAUUAUUUCUGAUACACAAUAAUAAUCCGUAUAAUCAUAUGAAACAUUGAUUCUCAAAGUUGCAUGAAUCUAUUACCUAGAGGAUCUACCCACCUACCGCGAUCUUCCUAGGAGUCUAGUUAUAGGUACCUAUCGUCCAAUGUUGUCCAAUUAAUAUAAAUAUUUUGAUUCCACUAAUAUAAAUCAAUGUCAAAAACUAUUGAAUCGGACAAAGGGACAAAAAUAUGAAAACACUAAAUAUUUCAAAGGGCGUGUAGAAAAUGUUGCCCCUUUGACAACGUUUAUAUUUGUAUAUUAACUUGAAAUUUAAUAUAACGUGUAGUGCAUAAUAAGCACUAAAACUAUAUAAAAGUGCGAAAUCAUAAGUGAAUUGGUUCGUUUAUCAUUUUUGCCUUUUCUAUUGAAUUUCAAUAUAAUUAUAUUUCUUUGCAAUCAAAGUCAAGCCAAUUUGAAAAAAUACUUAUACUUUUUACCGUACAAUUUGCCGUUUAUAUUGCAGUAGAUUAGUAGCUAAUGUGGCUUACCUUAUACCUACAUAUGUAUGAACUAUCUCGAGCAACAACAAUGAAGAACUUUGUGCGUGAGUACUUGUCCGUAUUUUAUCUUCACAGGAAUUGAUGAUAAUGUAAUGGAGAGUGAAUAAAUCAUUAAAAACAUGUCAGUAUCCACAUUGUGACAAAAUGUGAACUAGUUAAGAUAUUAUUUAAAUCGUGUUCAGAAGUGAUACUGUAUGAAUAAUUAACUUAACUACUCGCUACAAGUUGUUCAACUCAGUUAAUUUUCGAGAAUUGACGUGUGUAUUUUUUCAUCGCAACUAAUGUCGAGUAGGUAGAAAGAAUAAAACUAAACUAUUCAUAGGUACUACUCAGCUCGGCUGUUCGUUGCUGUCACACUCAUAUUCGCACCUGACAAAAUGUUUCGUACUUGUGUUUCAUAGAAACGUGACUGAAGAUUGCCGAGAAAUGUUAAUAUUCUGGUUUCACUGUACUGCAACUCUCAGGAUACAGCGAGAGAUUUAUAAGUUGUUAAUAAAAGUCAGAAGAGUUUCGCGAGUCCAUGACAAACACGUGUAUCGUUUUCUAUAUAUAAAAUUAAGUACGAUCUCCUGGAAAAGACUUAUUCGCAGUAACAAUACUUCACGUGGCGGUUAUUUUUAGUAAAUUACCUGCCACUUUAAAUAUAUUUCACUUGAACCUUUUCGAACUCUUGACACGUGUGAUAUCUACUUAUAUUCUUGAAGCAGCGUGCUCCUACUGAAUUUGUUUUUCUUUGAAUUAAUUUACCAAUUUAUUUAUCGAAAGGUAAAUAAAUGUAAUCUUGUAGAAAAGCUUUUGGUACCUAUAGACAUUGCAGAAUGAAAACUGAUUUUACUGACUGGCAACCAUAUAAAAAAUGUUAUAAAAAAACGUUCUACCACAAUAUAAAGCGAACAUCAUCUAAACGUAAUCUUAAAUUCUAAUAUGGUUUAUCUUUCAGGCGUGACGACCGCAUCAUAUACCUGAUUGAAUUGUUUAAUAAAUUUAUGAGAUGCUUACCUGCAAAUAAUUUGAAAAAUUUAGAUGUUCCGAUCGAUAUCAACUUAUUUUGAAGUGAAAUGUACGUAUUUACAUUUUUUUAUAUUUUGGUUUUAUAUAUAGGGAGGUACAAUCUUUUGAAUUAAAUCAAUACAUUACAAAAAAUACUGCCAUUAUUUCUUGCCUUGGUACACGUACCUACUAUUAGCCAUGGGUAACUACAACAUACAUCAAACAAUAAACUCUCAAAAUCAUAGGAAUUGAUUGUUCGGUAAUGUUCGUACCUACCUUGCUUACACACGUAAGCCUAGAGUUGUUAUGGAGAGAAGGAUCAUGUUAUUCAUGUUACAUUCAAUAAUUAUUGUUAUUUAUACUUAGUGAUUUGUUAUUGUUAUGUUUAUGUUAUUUAUGAAAUAGUUCUUCAUCAGCCAAUGCCAAGCGUUUCGUGGCGUUGGCAUUGGUGAUUAAAUAUUAAUUAUUAUUUACUUACGUGUCGAAUUGUCUUAAAAUGAGUAUUGUUGAUUUAUGAUUUCAUCGUAUGGUUUACUAAAAUAUGAUGUAAUUUUUACUCAUAUAAAAUGUUCUAUCAGUUUUAAUUUAAAAAGUUAAUUUUGCUCAUGCUAACAUAGGUACUGAUCGAAAAACCUCCAGUGGAUUGUAAAAAGUUAAAACUUAUUUAGCAAAAUAUGUUGUUCAGAUAUUUAGUCACAAAUGUUGACGUUCAAUAUUUAAUAUAUCUGUUAUAUUGUUAUUAUUUUCAGUACUACGUAAGUAGGUACAGUCCUUGUUAUUGUACCAAUUAACGUAUACAUUUUGUUACAAUUUGGCAUUUUUAAACGAAAUGCAUAAAGUAAAAUAUGGUGUCGAAUAAUAAAGAAUUGAAGUAUAA